AUGGGUGAAAACAGGAUCCUCAACAACCGUGGUCAUUGGAUUGAAUUUUACCUGGUGCCUGGCAACAUGGAUAUGGUACAUGGCAACAAGCAUGACAUUAACAUGUGGAUCGAUACAAAGCAAGGCACAUUAGUCAUCGGCUCGAUCUUCGUCAAAGGUGCCACAAGACGUUACAGCAAGCGAUUGCAUUCUUGUAUCGGAUCAUCUUGCGUGGCAGUUUCCUUUGGUCCCUUUACGGUAUCGGUACGUGGAAUAUACGGGGUCACGAAAUGCUUGCAAAACAAAAAGUGGUUAUUAAAUCAAGCUUCUUACCAUCGUCACCGUCAUCAUCAUCAUCAUCAUCAUCAUCAUCAUCAUCAUCAUCAUCAUGAAGCCGUUGGAGAAGACUUUGCUGUUGGAGAAGACGUUCCUGCUGUUGGUGAUGACGAUGUUGUUCGUGGUGUUGCUGUUGCUGAAGAUGUCCCCGCUGUUCUUGCUGUUGGUGGUGUUGCUAUUGGUGAAGAUGUUCCUGCUGUGCCAGCUGUUGGCAAUGACGCUUUUGGUUUUGAUGAUGACGAUGAGGAUGAGCUUGGUCAACUCUCCUUACUCUUUCGAUACAUGACCAUUGAUGAUCCUUUUGAUGAGGACACAUACAUGGCACCCCCUAUUGACCGCCCGUAUGUGGAACCUCGUGAUGACAUGGAAAUCGAGGAUGAUCUGCUCUCAGUAAUGUCCACUCGUUUGGAUUCCUCUCCUUUCUUUAAUGACCUCGAUGACCCCAUUAUGACCGAUAUGCCUUCCCCAAUCAUUCCAUCUCAGCCCGCAACACCACCUCAAUCACCUCCACCAUCACCUACGCCCAUCCCUAUGGAGGUUGAUACAACCAUCACCACUACCGCUGCCACCUCAACCACCACUAAUACCGCCACUACAACUACUACAACUAUGCCCAACCUUAUGCCUGACCCCAUUCCUGUCAUUACUACCACCACCGAUAUCGCUGCUUCCACCACUCCUUCAACUACCGGCAUUGUUACCUCUCCUCCUCUUAGUCCUGUCCUUAAUCCUACCAUGGCCCUCAUUCAAUCCCGCAUCCAACGAAUCCGCCAAGCAGCCCUCACACCAUCCUCAAGUUCCGCAACAACACCUAAUACCGCUACUACCACCUCCUCUCGUCCUCUGGUCAACACCAACAUGCCUCCGCCACCAUCACGACCACGACAUGUCACUCGAACCGCUAUGCCAUCCACCACAUCUUCAUCAUCAUCUACCGCUUCAACCACUCCUUCGUCUUCCCGUUCUUUGGUGCGUCCCGAUAUGCCACCUCCUCCUCCA